AUCUAUCUAUCUAUCUAUCUAUCUAUCAUCGGGGAGGAGUUGUCCCUUCAGCUCGCUGUGCUCGGUGCUCGGUUGGUGCUGUCUGCCCGCAGGGAGAAUGAGCUUGAGAGGGUGAAGCGCAUUUGCUUAGAGCGCUCCUCUCUAAAGGAUGGCGAUAUUCUUGUUCUUCCACUCGAUUUGUUGGACCGUGCAUCACAUCAAGAAAAAACUGCUGCAGUUCGGAAGCACUUCGGUGAUAUAGACGUGUUGAUAAAUAACGGAGGCCGGACUCAGCGUUCGCUGUGCAUAGAGGCUGAUGUGGAUGUGUACCAGGCACUUAUGGAGCUCAACUACCUUGGCACUGUAUCUAUGACUAAGCAAGUGCUGCCCCACAUGAUCCACCGUGGUAGCGGUAUCAUAGCAACUGUCAGCAGCGUUGCAGGCUUUUCCGGGGUGCCCCUGGCAACGGGGUAUGCUGCCAGCAAGCAUGCGGUGCAGGGGUUCUUUAACUCUCUGAGAACAGAACUCGCUGAUUCUCCAAACAUCACGAUCAGUACCAUCUGCCCCGGACCUGUAGUAUCAAGCAUCGUUCAGAACGCCAUCACAGAGGAGCUGGACAAGCCUGUGGCCUCAGCUGGUGAUCAAACACAUAAGAUGUCUACAGAGCGCUGUGUUCACCUCACUCUGGUAGGUCUGGCCAACCAUGUGAAAGAGAUGUGGAUUGCUGAGCAGCCCUUUCUACUCUUCUGCUAUUUGUGGCAGUACACUCCCACUCUGGCCUGGUACAUAACUAAACUUCUAGGCAGAAAACGUGUGCAGAACUUCAAAUCCGGGCUGGACGCAGAUGCCGCAUACUUCAGCAAGCCGAAGGUCAAGACAACUUGAAAAUCUCAUUUCAAGAAUCAUUGAUUUGUGCAUUCCUUUGCAGAAAGACCCAGGAAGUUUUAAAGUCCAUGACUUUCUGAAGAGUGCCACACAGUAUUUCAAUGUCAUUAAAUAUGAAAACACCUUACAUUUUACUUGGUGUAUAAAUAAAGUAUAUUUUUUAUUAAAAUAAAAAGCUGAUUUAUGUAUUCUGUUUUUUCUGUAUUAAAAUAUUAUAAAUAGGAAUUAAAAUUGUAACAUUUCAAGUUUGUGUGAACAAAACUGAUAGUAAAUGAUUUAUAUAAAACAUCUGUAUUUUUUUCUAUACAUACAAUUACGCAACCAUAAAAAGACAGAGCCCAAGUAGGAUGAACAAGAGCCAAUUUACCUUGAUAUUUAUAACA